ACCUCAUUAUUUUCCCACCCCAUCAUCUCUUAUAAAUAAGUCCCACCUUCCAAACUCCCAACACUUGAGCCUCCUCCUCCACAUCUCUCAAACUCAUUCAAAUCAAACAAACAAGGAGAGAAUAUUAAAGAGAGAAAACAAAACAAAACAAUACAAAAAUGUAUCAAAUGGGAAAAUCAUCAUCAUCAUCAUCAGCAAAAGCCUUGAAGAAUAACAAAAAUAUCAUAGGAAGACAACAACAACAACAAGCACAGUGCAAGAAACACUCAAAACAUAAGCAAUCACCAGGUGUUUGCUCCCUUUGUCUAUCAGAAAAACUCUCUAAAGUCCCUCCUACAACCUCUCGUUCUGCUAUGAUUCGAGCUCGAGCUCGAGUUUAUUAUCAUUCUUCCUCUUCUUCUUCUUCUUCCUCUGAUCUUUCCUCCGGUUGCGACUCGUACGCUUCUCCUACCGUGGCCUCCCCUACUCGCCACCACCGGAGGAUUGUAUCCGAUGUGAGAGCUAUGAAUGUGAAGGAGGAUAAUAUUACUAAUGAGGUUGUUUUUAGUAAGAGUAAAUCUAUGGCUCAUGUUGAAAAAGAGAAAACAAACAAGAAGAAAAAUAAUAAUGUUGGUAGAUUUUGGACUAAUUUGCUUCGUCUAGGAAGAAAUGAUCAAAAGCGAGUUAAUGCAGAAGUUAUUGAUCGUAAAGUGUUGAUCAAAUCACGGUCAUCUUCGUCGUCGUUGCAACAACCGCCGCUUCCAAGCUCUAGCACCGUCGUUGCAUAUUGAUGAUGCUAGCUAGCUAGAUUUCAUUAGCUCUUUUUCUUUCUUCUUAUUUUUUUUUCUAGGUUGAUCAUUUCAUUUGGAGCAUGGUUAGUGACUUAAAUCCCUUUUUUUGGAGGUUCUUUUUUUUUUGUGUAUAUAGAAAUUUGAGAGGAAAAACAUUACAGUAAAUCACAGAAGAAAAAAAAAUUAUGUUUAAUGUGGUGUACUUUGUUGAAUGUGUACAUGUAUAUGAUACAAGUUAUUAAACUAAUAUAUGAUCGAAGUGAAUUUUAA